AUGUCACUUCGUAAAUCGUUAUGUCGCAACUCAGUCCGCAUGAGCCCGACUUUUUGUCUGCAGUUACCAGAAGAGGAAUCCCCAAGACUUAAGUCUUCUUUUCCACUGAAAACUUCCAAAAUAACACAUAUGACCCCAAUACGCCCAAUUUUUUUACUUUCGAAAAGCCAGAACAAUAAGAAGAAUAAUAACGAUAAUAUAGUCACACUUCAAAAUACAAUUCGUGGCUUCCUUGUAAGGCAAAAAUAUGAGUGUGCAUUAUUGAUGAAACGCCGAAAUGCGUUCUUGGAGUUUUAUGAGACGGAAAAGAACCUCUUAAAGACAAUGGAAUCAAUUAAUUCGUUGUUCUCGGAACCACUCAAGACGGAAACAAAUGACAGUUUGAAGUAUAAUACCAUUCUUAAUAAUUGCAUAUCGUCCUCAAAAAGUGUUGUUCGAAAACUGAAAAUGGUCGCAAAUGAUUACCACUACGACACAAACAUUGGGGAUGUCAUUAACACCAUCUUGACGAUCAUCAGUCCUCUUCUGACAUACUGCACCGAGUACGACAAUAUCGUCUUGGCUUGGAAAGAGCUGCGCAAAACACCAAAUGGAAAGUCGGUGAUCGGUGAGUCCGAAAAAAGAAUCGCCCCAGACACUUUAGACCAAUUGCUCAUCCAACCCGUGCAACGAGCAAUGCGAUACCCAAUGCUUGUCGACGUUCUUUUAAAAAAUACUCCACAUGACCAUUCGGACAUUGUGAUGCUCCAAAAAGCACUCUCCCACUUCUUGCAGUUUUGCAAAAUAGUCAACACACGAGCAAAAAUGCACGACAGACUUGUCGAAGUGUCGCUCGAGAGGAAAAUCAAAGCUCUUGUUCAGAAAGGGAGGUUCCACGUGAUGACGUCUUCUGUCGAAUUUAAAGAGGAGAAACGGAAGUGCCAAUGUGAGAUCGAACUCUUCAAUGAUAAAAUCCUGCUCUUCGACAAAACACGGAAAACAUUUUUGCAAAAAGUUAUUCAAAUCAAGGACAUCAGAUCAUUCAACACGGACAAGAAGAACAUCAUAUUCCAGUUCGACAAAGCAGUUUGUCUGUUCGUUUUCAAAAAUGGACAGAUGGAAGAGUUUGUCAAAAUGAUGGAGUGGAUAUUGGAGACAAGGUUCUUUGAUAUCGAGGACCAAACAAAUUGGAUGAACCACAUCGUUGACUAA